AUGCCUGCUCAUCAAUUCGACCAGUACAUCAAAAGGCAUGCCAAGCUGUGGGACAAGUUCCAUCAGCAGGUCAGCGAGAUCAAGAAGGACUACAGCUGGAAGCGUGACGUGCUUCACGCUGCGUUGACAAUGAACCCCGAGCCAGAUCGCGUGGUUGAAAUCAUCAAGCAGCUUUACCACUACGACCUCGCGGAGAUGCAGGCUAUCGAUAAGAUCAAGGUCCAGCACUCUUUUGACCUCGGAGCGCAUCGUGCCAAACUCAUCGGUGAGCGGAUGUUCAAGUUGGUUGAGCUAAUCCCAGGUAUGGAGAACCAGAAGGUCAAGCAGAAAGUCGGGGAGGUCAAGACUCGUAAGGAUAAGCCCGCCGACAAGCCCCCCGCCAAGCGUGUCACUCCGCCGGCCGACAACCCUACAAAGCCUUCGGUCAAGGAGCCCGCAGCGAAGCAGCCUGGUGCCAAGAAGCCUACCGCCAAGGAGCCUGCAGACCAGCAGCCUGCGGCUCAACCUGUGUCAAGCACCGACAACUACGACCUUCUUUUCCAGUCUGCGGCUGCAGCCCCUGUCGCCGACCAGAAUGUCCCUAGCAUACUCGGGACCGGGAACCCCACCGGGAUCCUCAACAGCACAUCGUUCAUACCCUCAUGGCCCCUCUACACUUCCGCAAACCCCAUCGCCCAGGCCGCCCCCGUCUACCAGCCCACGUUCUCCUACACUUUCUCGUCAGAAACCUUUUCCUCUUCCCCGGGGACCUACGGUAAGCGCAAGGCCGAUGACAAGCACAAGGAGGCGCCCACCAAGAAGGCUGCGACGGAUAAGUCCAACUGUGACCGGUUCGAGCUUCUUGUGGAGGAGUGUGACGAAGACCUCCCGGGGUUUACUCUGUAG